CUGGGACGGGGGGACGGAGCGGGCGGGAGCCGCGCCCCAUUGGCUCCGCCGGCUCCCGGCGGGCGUCGCGGCUGAGCGCGGGAGCGGCGGCGGUGGGACGGGGCGGGAUGGGGAUCCACGGCCUGGCCAAGCUGAUCGCCGACGUGGCGCCCGGCGCCAUCCGUGAGAACGACAUCAAGGCGUACUUUGGGCGGAAGGUGGCCAUCGACGCCUCCAUGAGCAUCUACCAGUUCCUGAUCGCCGUGCGGCAGGGCGCCGAGGUGCUGCAGAACGAGGAGGGCGAGACCACCAGCCACCUGAUGGGCAUGUUCUACCGCACCAUCCGCAUGGUGGAGAACGGCAUCAAGCCCGUGUACGUCUUCGACGGCAAGCCGCCGCAGCUGAAGUCGGGGGAGCUGGCCAAGAGGACCGAGCGGCGGGCUGAGGCCGAGAAGCACCUGCAGGAGGCCCAGCAGGCCGGAGAGGAGAUCAACAUUGAGAAGUUCAGCAAGAGGCUGGUCAAGGUGACCCAGCAGCACACCGACGAGUGCAAGAAGCUACUGAUGCUGAUGGGCAUCCCCUACGUGGAGGCCCCGGGGGAGGCGGAAGCCAGCUGUGCCACCCUGGUGAAGGCAGGGAAGGUCUACGCGGCCGCCACGGAAGAUAUGGAUUGCCUGACCUUCGGCAGUCCCGUGCUGAUGCGGCAUCUUACUGCCAGCGAAGCUAAGAAGCUGCCCAUCCAGGAGUUCCACCUGAACCGUAUCCUGCAGGACCUCGAUCUGACCUGGGAGCAGUUUGUGGAUCUAUGCAUCCUCCUGGGCUGCGACUACUGCGAGAGCAUCCGCGGCAUCGGACCCAAGCGGGCCGUUGAGCUCAUCAGACAGCACAAAACCAUUGAGGAGAUCGUUCAGCACAUAGACACCAAGAAGUACCCUCUGCCCGAGAACUGGUUGCACAAGGAGGCCCAGAAGCUCUUUCUAGAGCCAGACGUGGUCAACCCUGACGACAUCGAGCUGAAGUGGAUGGAGCCGAACGAAGAGCAGCUCGUCCAGUUCAUGUGCGUGGAGAAACAGUUCAACGAGGAGCGCGUCCGCAACGGCGUCAAAAGGCUGAGCAAAAGCCGUCAGGGCAGCACGCAGGGCCGGCUGGACGACUUCUUCAAGGUGACGGGCUCCAUCACGUCGGCCAAGCGCAAGGAGCCUGAGUCCAAGGGGUCGGCGAAGAAGAAAGCCAAGACCAACAAUGCCGCAGCCAAGUUCAAAAAGGGGAAAUAAGCAGACUCAAACCCCAGCUGUUAGUUUUUAUGCUCAACUGGGAAUUUUUGGCUAAUAACAAACAGUCGUCUUUCUGUCCUGUGUGUCACUGCUUGGAAGGAUGCUGUGCGGGUUGCUGUCAUAGUCCUUCCAACAAGGCUAGGCUAGUGAAAGAUGCGAGUGCUUCAGCAGCGGUAGUAAGGCAUAAGGCUGGGGGGCAAAGAGGGCUGAGAUCUGCAGCUGGGGGGAGCUGGCAGGGGCAAGAAGGUGGUGGGUGAGGAAUGAGGGGGCUGCGUUCAGCAGUUCAGCUGUAGCCUCUGUCGGUUGGAGGCUUUCGACAGUGAGGCCUCAGGGAUGGGAGGUGACACCCAACCACAAAUCCCCUUCAGAUUUAAGAGAGAAAAAGCUGAACACCUAGAGAGCGAAUCAGGCACAGGUAUUGGAGGAGAGGUUUCUCCCUGACACAGCUCAUCUAAAAAGAGGUAAGGUGCAAGCGGCAGAGUCAGAAAAUGGGGAGACAUGAAUGGAAGGCAAGGUGGAAUUGGGAGGAGACUUGAAAUAGUGACGUAAGCUUCUCCCUUUAGUGAGGACCUCAGGUACUGGCUUCCUUCUCUUACUGUAGUAAUUUUUUUUGUU